UAGCUUUCACCAGCUGGAUCACAAGUUCGUAAACUCUCCAUUCAGCCAUUACUUACAUAUUUUUUAACCCACACGAUGAGCAUUAACAAAUCCACGCGGGGCAGCCGCAGGACUCGAAGAUCCCUACUUUCGGGUAGUGAUCUCAUUGGCCCCUAUAUCUACUGCGUCAACUUCUAUGAUAAUGGAUUGAGUGCGGUGCGGGAUGAGUUCGUAAAGCGGGUCCAAAGCGGCUCACGACGGGCCAUGUUCGUCAUCGACUUCGAUAAGGAAGUUGAGGAAGCCACUCAUCAGUUUCAGCGGAAGUCGAGGGUCAAAAAAGCUGGAUCUCUGGACACGAAGUCCUUAGAUCCAUUGGCCAUUGUCCUGCAAUGCAUUCAGAACUGUGUGGAAGAGUUUGACAGAAUAACGAAGAAGAUCGAGUCCGAGGCGAAUUUCGACCUGUACGCCUACUGGCAACGAAAUAUCCCUGCCCAGCUCAAGAACCUAUUGGCACCCAAGAAAAAGGGUGCGCCGGAUACCAAACGCGACCUAAAUACAGCCAGAUCCAAAACGGGCAAGACGUCCAGCGACAAGGUGCGUCUGGAGAAGAUCAAGUGCUCGUCCGUUACGGCCAAGGAGCACCACAAGGUCGGCAAGGGACUGCCGGUGUCCAAGCGGGAAUACAUUCGCGACAAUCCGACGUUCACGAAAAUGCUGAUCCUGAUCGUGGGGCAAAUGGACAACGAAUUCUACAAGAUGCUCCUGGACUACGAACAGCCGCUGCGUGCUAUUAUUCACUUUAUGCCGGAGGAGAGUGCUUACGAUCUCUUAGUGCCUCGACCUCGACGGGAACAGAGGCUCCAGGAAGUGUUGGCUGACAUCCAAAAAGACAUCCACUCGCUGCGAAAAAGGAAUCCCACGAAACCGGUCGGCAUCUUUCAGCAGCAGCUUCCCCAGAUGUCCGCUUGUAUGGCAGCGAAAUUCACGUGCGAUAUCUUCGAUCAGCUGAGUUGGUACAUGUACGACGUGGAAACCCUGCGGGAGUGGUACCGAUCGUACUACGUGGAGCCGUACAAGGAGACAAAUGUGAAAAUGGAUCCCUCGAUGUCGUUGGUGGAAGCAUUCCACGUUGUUGAGUCGCUAAGCAUUCAGGGGCACUAUCUUAAGACCCAGAUGCCGGCUUCCCGGGACGACAGUGGCACCGUUUACCUAUAUCUGGAGUCGCUAAUGAGCACGUUUGGCAGUCCCAAGGACCUGAUGACCGAAACGGACGUACUGCUGCUUGCAAAUCCCACGCCUUCGGUUCAAACUCGAGUGCUGGACAAGGUAAAGGUGUACGCCAACUCGUUUAAGAGCAUCAUAAAGCUGCACAAAAACGAACGCAUUUUUGUGGAGGAGGCCAAUGCAUUGAUGUCGAACCUGAUAUCUUAUAUGGAUCAGUCCCUGAUGUCCAACGUCUAUCACGGCUGUCUGGAGUACAAUCUUCUGCGACGGUACUUCACAUCCGGUUAUAUCAAUAACUCGCUGAACUGCCAGCCGUACAAUGGCGAUGUGGAACCGAUCUAUCUGCCCAAGUUUGCCGAACUCUAUCUCACGAAUGACUCGGUGAUGCAACGCAUAAUCGAGCUGGUCAAGGACUACGAUGACUUCAGCCUGAUAGAGGUGCAGCCCAAUGUCCAUCUCUACACCUUCCGACGGGCACUGAACGAGGUUUUCGAGCAGGAAAAUCAAACUGUUAUCCCAACACGGCUCUGCUUCAGGGAUUUCACACUGUACGAAAUGGAGAAUUUCCUCAAAGACUUGGUCACUCCACAAAAGUUCAACGAGGUGACUGAAGGUUAUUUGUCACGAGUGACUGAGAGCAAUGACAAUGUUUUGAGCCAAGAUCCCUUCAUAGUCAGGUGCAACGAGGAGAACGAUGGAGUAUUUGUCGAUCCCAAAGUGUUUGUCCGGCGAAAAUCGAUCAAGGAGCAGCUGGCCAAGAAAAGGGAAAAAGAAAGAAAGGAUCAGGAGGAAUCGAAGGCUGCGAGCCGAAAGGUAUCAGUAGCUCAAGAAGGUGUAUUGUCAAGUAGAAUCGCGAGACAGUCUCAGGCGCGUGGAACGGUGGCUUCCAUAUUGCAGCCAAAGGACUCAACUGUCGACUCCAAGCACGGGUUUUUUGUGGGACUCGGGCGGAACCAUCCCUUGCUGGAGGGGUAUAAUCUUGAUGACACCCGACAUACCAUCAAGUCCAAGACCUCGAAGUAUUUCUUUGAAGAGGGAAGAAUCGUGCUGUAUGAGGAGAGGUGGAACUUUCGCCAGAUGAACAAGUGUCUUGCCCUCGAGAUUGGUGGCCAGGAGGUACAUUUCCGAAGUGCCGACGAACCGGUGGGAGUCACUGCCACCGAUUCCAGUGUGCGGAUCGUUUCAAAGAACGGCAUAAGCCUGCGGGUGUUGGCCAAGCAGACCGAGUGUGCCAAGGCAGUCCUGAACUUUCCCAAUGGCCUGAGCACCCACUGCCACGACACCCACACGGAACACGUGUGGCAAUAUCAGGAGAACGAGCUGGACGAGAGUCGCCGCGUGUGCACACCUUAUGGCUGUGUGAUCGUAUUUUACCAGAGCACGGAUACCAUUGUGAUUAUGCGGUAUAAUGGUGAGGUGUACCAGCUGUUCAGCUUCACGGAGGCCGACAACGAGGAGGAGGAGGACCUUAACUCGGAGUUUAUAAAUGCCUGCUCCACGCAGUCCACCUACUCCACUUACCAGCCCCUCCCCAAAACGCGGAAAAAGCAGAGGAGCUGCGAGGAUUCGAUCAAGAAGAACUCCACCAAUCGCAGUGUGGGUGGGUUGGACUCCAUCAUACGUCCAUCGAUGUUCAGUGUUGACUCCAAGAAGAGUCAGAACUCCAAAAAAUCCAUUGGCGGUAAGCGAAAGAGCGAGCUGCUUAAGAUCCAACAGGCUGCAGCUUUGUUCGAAAGCAUCAAGUUCGAGUUAACCUAUCUCAAUUUCAUCAUGGCACUCUACAAGCUGAGCUAUCGACACCUCAAGCUGACCACGUCGCUGGGUAGCGUGGUUCAUGUCCAACACGAUGGGAAGAUCUGGUGCGGGAAACCCUUCCGGAACACCGAGUGGCACGACUAUUACGCCAACGAGGCGUAUUCGAUGCGAGACGAUGGUGUCAAGAUGGUCUGGGCGGUGGGAGAGCUGCGGUGCUACCACAACGACGGCACCGUGAUCACUUCCGGAACCACCGAGGGCUGGGAUUCCGGCAUGGAUGUCGACGAAUUCGACUUGGAAAUCAGUUCGAGCAGCUCACAUGUCAAUGUAGAAACUGGGUUAAGCGACAUAUUACGAAAGGAGACCAUUUUUAUCAAUGACCCGGAAGGCUUGCCAUUUAAGGAUGUCAGUUUAAGUAUUUCACAAGCUGCAGUUUCCCAAGAAAGCAGCAUAAGAAGCAAAGAUAUCUUGUCCAAAAGUGAUGUCCUGCCGGACGAGGAGGAGGGAGAGAUCAACCUGGAGAAAAGCUACAUAACCUUCGUUCCAAACAGUUACUUCAUUGCCCACAAAGUCUAUGCCGGUAUCCACUUCACGUUCAGCCACAUCACACAAGUGGAUCUAAACUUGGACACCACGAUCUUCACCUGCGACAACCUGAAAGUUCGUGUCUUCAGAACUCCCCUGGCAGCAGAUGUGCAGUAUUUUGAGCCCGUUGAAGUUCCCUCAUCUAAGGCCGAUCCGGAUGAGUGGACAAAAGCUGAAGUUCGCCCUUCAUCUAAAAGUCCGGGACUGGAUCAAUCUUCCGAAGAAACACCCUCCAGUGAGGAUCAAUCGGCGGAAGACUUAAAUGUCGAAGUCGCCUGCGUGGAGGUCGAGUGCAGCAACCUGGCAUUAGUUUUAUUUGGGGAUCGGGUCACCAUACAGACUCACCUGCGCAAGUUUGGAUGUGACGAGAACGCAAAGUGUGACUUGCAAGUGCAUGACGACAUCGAGCUGAAAGUGAACUUUGCCGAGAGCCUAUUGACCACUUUUCGGAAAUGGGUGGACGAACUAACCAGUUUUAUCAAUUGUUUCUGCCCCAAGAGGCGCACCUUGUACUUCCUGGAAACCCAGAACAGAUCCUGCCAAAGGAAAGGGUUUGAGUUGCGUAAAUCGGUGCCGCCUCUCGGAAAAUAUAACUUCUGUGCUGGCAACUACUUCAUCGAUGUGAACGAGCUGACUUCUGUAAAUAGCCAAAUGCAAAACCGGUACGACUGGUUCGACAGGGAUAUGAAAAAGUUUCCGCGCUUUCAAACUCGCAAGGAGGCACCGAAACCCGAGUUUCCAAUGGUUCUGAAUUCCAGGAUUUAUGUGGAAAUUCCUGCACAACUGGCCAACACGGAUCGGAUACACCAGUUCGUGUCUGAAUUUGAUUCGAUCAAGUUUCGAAAGCAGCGACAUCGCUUUAAUGAGGCUAUUCUGUUCCAUCUUUAUCCGCGACUGCGGCACUUGGUUCAGCAGGAGAUAAGCAGGCGCAGUUGGAAGAAUCGCCAUGAAGAGAGACGGCGGCGCACGUUUAUAGAACAACAGCGUUAUAGCCUUUAUAUGGCCAUGCUGAAGCACAAGGUGUAUCCCAACUACUUCCAGUUCAAGGACCAGUUCAACUCGCAUGUCCGCAACAUCGAGUUCUUCCAGUUCAUGACAUCCAAGUGCAACGAGAAGACGUAUCCCGAUGAGAUUGUCACCGAUCCCCCCGAGGAGCCAAGUCCACCGAGCAAGCCCAAGUUAAAGAAAAACAAAUGUGUCUGUCCCAAGUACAUUAGAUCUUUAGAUUAGACGCCUUUUGUACCGAAUUAAAGUAGUAUUGAAGAUUUUAAGCUAGAGGCUCAACAUUCUGAAGCUCUAAUAAAUUUUCCGAACUUCAAAUAUAGCAGGGCAGCAAAGUUAUUUCAGAUAUUUGUCAUUCUGCAUGCUUGUAAUAAAAUCUAAUACAUUUCUGCUUGUUUUCUAAACAUUAAAGUAUAUAAGUAGACAAA